AUCAUUGCAGUGUCUUUUUAAUGCAUGUAUUGAAUAUGUAAUUUUCUUGUUAUAUAUCAAUUGCGUACGGUGGUACACUCAAGUCGCAGUUUCGCUUAGUGUAUUAUUAGUACACUGGCAAUACAGAGAUAAGCACGAACUUUAAUAUAAAUCUUAUCUCAGUGCCUUUUUCCUGCGUGUAUAAACAUUUAAUGUACAAGUAUCAGUGAAGUGUUUGUAAAUUGAAUUCAGUUAUAUUUAGAGAAACUUGUCUACUCCAGAUAAAACAUGUCUGGUGAUCCAGAAGUAGCACACCCUGAAGAAGAUACUGAGGAGGAAGAAAUCAAGUCGUCAUACAAACCUCCUCCGGAGAAGACUAUUGAGGAGAUCCUUGCAGCGGAUCAGGAAGAUGAGUCAUUAAGAAAGUACAAAGAGGCAUUGCUCGGGCAGGCGCAGGCAGGAACUGUUGUUGUUGAUCCAAGUGAUGAACGCAAGGUGAUAGUGAAGAAGCUUGCGUUGUGCGUCACUGGACGCGACGACGUCGAGCUUGAUCUGUCUGGGGACCUCACUGAUCUCAAAAAACAGGUGUUUGUGAUAAAGGAGGGCGUUCAGUACAGGAUAAGGAUCGACUUUAUCGUACAGCGCGAGAUCGUCCACGGGCUCAAGUACGUCCAGAAGACGUACCGGCUUGGCGUUCCAGUGGACAAAAUGACCCACAUGGUGGGCUCCUACCCCCCCAAGACGGAGAUCCAGUCGUACACGACUCCUCCAGAGGACGCUCCCUCAGGGCUCAUGGCGAGGGGCUCUUACACCGUCAACAGCCUUUUCACCGACGACGACAAGAAUAUCCAUCUCCAAUGGGAAUGGUCUUUCGAAAUCAAGAAGGAUUGGAAAGAUUAAAAUAGCUCGGCUAGCAGACAGACUGGGUUGGAUGUAACGAUGUAUAAUUUGCGUAUUAACUUUUACUGUCUGUGCCAUAGGGAUUUCAAUUUUAAUUCACCUACAUUAUAGAAUGUAUCGAGUCAAACGCACAGAUUUCGUAUUUUUACUCCGCGUCCAAUCCAGUUGUCGUGAACUGCGUGCGAAGUAAAUAUACUGACAAAUUAGAUUGUAUUUAAUCGCUGAUAAUAUGUGGAUGCAUGGAUUGUGCAAUGCUCAUCAACACUAGCUUUAAGUGAUUCGGAAUUAAAUUGGCUUUCACACUUA